AUGCCGAAAAAGCGACUCGAAAUCUACAACACCACCACUUUCACCUUUGAGCAAGCUUCUAGGUCGCCCACCAUGCAUACACCAUCGACAUUACUCCUCCGCUCCCUCCGAAGCUCUAUUUCAAAGAGUGUUCCUUUCUCAUCUCGACCAUCCUACGGAUCCCUCCAACCAACGGUAUCCCAGUGUCUUCUCAGGCCCACGCCCUCCAGCAUCCGCACCUAUACCAGCGACAAAAGCAACCCUAAUCCCAAUAUCCGGGUCCAACCCCGUCCACGCCGUACAACACUAUCAUCAGCAGACCUAAAGCCCAAAUCAAACUACCGCGGCCCACCACCGGAAGGCACAGAUGCACAGCACAUGACAGAUCUUAACUCAUUGAACAUCCUGUCCGGUGCAGCUGUACCUGCAACAGCCAUCGAUGCAUGCCACCACGACGGAUUCCAGUUAAAUAACGGCGUGCGAAUUGCGGAUGGUAACGGGUGCUUACUGGUUGAUGGAGAGGUGUUUGUUUGGAGACCGUGGGAGGCUGCAGCUGGCAAGGAGAGGAACUUGGUUAAUGAGAAGGGCCAGUGGGAGGUGCCAGAGGGUGCUUGGGGUGCUCUACGGCUUUUGUGGCCGAAACCAGAUAUUCUGAUUCUUGGGCUAGGUCCCGCGAUGCGCCCUCUCUCACCUGAGACAAGGAGGCAUAUUAAUGAGCUAGGUAUAAGGGUUGAGGUUCAGGAUACUAGGAAUGCCGCUGCGCAGUUCAAUCUGCUGGCAACUGAGCGAGGCGUUCAAGAAAUUGCUGCUGCUUUGCUGCCAAUUGGAUAA